AUGCUGCUGUCCUUCCAGCCCCUGCUGCGCCCUGGCGGCCGCAUGAUCGGGGUGUCGUCGAUGGCUGGUAUGCUCGGGAAGAAGUACUCCGCGGCGCUGCAGGACCGCCUGACCAGCCCCAGCCUCACGCUCGAGCAGCUCGACGCCAUUGCCGAGGAGUUCGUCGCCGCCUCGGCCGACGGCAGACAGGCCGAGGCGGGUUUCCUCGGCGGCGGCGCGUACGCCACGUCGAAGACGCUCAUGUCGGCUGCACAGGGUGGUUGCCAGGGACGUCCCCUCGCCGCCGGGGCUGGUGGCGGCUGUCUGCCCCGGCCUCUGCCGAACGUACAUGGCCACGGGCCGAGGCACCCUGAUGAGCAACGUGCUGUGGCUCGCCUCCUUCUUCGUGGGCCACUCCGCCGCGGGCGGCGCGGACACGCCGGUGUGGCUCUGCUGCGACGUGGCAACGGAAGCGAGGAAGCAGUACCACGGCAAGUUUGUGAGGGGCCGCAGGGUCGACAGCUACUAGGGCCUGCCGCCCCGGACCGUCCUCGAGAGGGCCGAGGCCUCGUGGCAGGAUCCGCGGGUGGUCGCCGUCCACACACUCUCGGGUUUUCGCUUGCAGCGGGACAUCCUCGCAGCGCAGCGCGAUAUUGCAAUCGCCCCCAGGCCACUUCAUCCCUCGUGCUGCAGAACGUGUCCAAGGGCGAUUUCGACAAGCACGCCUAUGGUCGCGGUGAGCUCGACUUGCAGCUCGCUCUCACUAGCAGAUCCUUACAGGCGCAGGGCAGGGAGUGCCAGGGGCCGCUGUGGCCGUGUGCGUGGCGUGGCGGUGGAGCCGUCGGGGCGGAGCGGGUCGGCGGGCCGCCUGGCAGGGUCAGAAUCGAGGAUCUCCGAGAGGAGCUCAGCCGUCUGAACGUGCGGAGCAGCAAUCCCACUACCCAUAACGUCACGCGUGCAUCGUUCAACGCGCUGUGCGUGGCACAGCUGAGGCCUCGCCGAAGUGUCACCAUCGAGGCCCGGGAGCACAAGUUCACGAGGACCGUGGAACACGUUUGUGUCGGCGGCGGCGACCUGGGGCCAGGACGCGGUCAAGGCAUGGCUUGGGGCACACCGCACGCGAAUGUGGCACAGGGACCGUGGAAAGCACUGAGGCGCCUGUGCUAUGCUGAGCCCCUGGGACGCUCCGGGGAGCAGCUGCUCGGGACGGGAAAGCACUCAGAGGUCCAGGAUCGCCAAAGAGAGACCAUGAGCCUGCUCAGCACCCUGCAGGCGCUGGGGCGCGCCGGGCCAGCGGCGCUUCCGAGGCCGGGGCCCGUCGAGAAGGUCGGCGGCGCACGGUGGGCUGCUCUGCUGGCGGCCGUGCCGGCCGUGGCCCUGCUGUGGCUGGCGCUGGGGCCGUUGGAGCCGGAGGCGUGGCGCAGCGGUGCGGAGCCUCCCGAGCUUCAGGGGCGGGGGCAGAGCAGGUCCGAAUGGUGGAUGGAGGAUGCUGUGGGUUUCGGUCGGGUCAGAAUGGGGGUUCCUGGCGUUGCUUCUCUCGUGCUGUUCGUGAACCCUCUGAUCGAAACGAUGCCCAAGAUCAAGCGAGAGGCGAGCGUUGGCAGCCUGCCCCUGCUGCCGUUCUCCGCGAUGGUCAUGAGCGGCUCGAUCUGGGCGUCCUACGGAUGGCUUCGGGGCAGCCCGGCCAUCUGGGUCCCAAACUGCUGUCAGCUGCUCUUCGGGCUCUAUUGCCACGUCUUCUGCCGCUUCUGCCCCGCCGGCGCGGCGUCGCUGCCCUGCUCGAGGAGGGUCCACGCGGCGGGCGCGGCGUGCUCCUGGGCCGUCUGCGCCGCGUGCUUGCUGCUGCUGCCGGAGUCUUCGGGCAGCAUCCUCCUGGGUUUGUUGGGCAACGCGAUGAACGUCAUGCUCUUCGCCGGCCCCCUUGCGGUGAUACGGAGCAGCAGUCGGGCGAGAGCCGCAGGCUGCUCGCCAAGAAAGAGCGGGCAUGGUCGCACGCAGCAGGGCACGGCCUGA